CUUUUUUUUUUGCCUUCUCCAUUCUCUCCCUAGACAAUCUUCACUUCUCUCAGACUUGUUCUGCCGCGAGGCCUAGUUAUUCUUGAUACCCCCUGAGCUGAGCCAUGCUGUUCUUAGCGUCUUUCCUUGUUGGUGCCUACGUUUUCCUUUACGCCUUUGCCCUCGUCGUCCCCGCCCUCGUCGACGAACAGCGCCCGCUCGGACCUUCCGUCGACCUCGUCUCUUCCUUCUCUCCCUCCAAGCAGCACUCGGAGCUCGAGCAAUGGCUGGAGGACGAAGAGAAGAUCGCCGUUGAUAGGCUGCUGGCCAACAUAGCGCCCUAUGGCCGCAACGCGCAGGACGCGGUGCCGGGCACCGUCCUGGCCAGCCCCUCGCGCUCGCACCCUAACUACUACUUCCAAUGGAUCCGCGACGCCGCCAUCACCAUGUCCACAGUGACGACUCUUUACGCCCGCGCUCCCUUCUCCUACCUCAGCACCUCGGUCCUCCUCCCCACCCUCGAGGCCUACGCCUCCCUCUCCGCCCAACUCCAACGCACGCCCAACCCCUCCGGCGACUUCUCCUUCCCCGACCUCCCCGGCCUCGGCGAACCAAAGUUCCACGUCGACGGGUCUUCCUUCAGCGAGAACUGGGGGCGGCCGCAGCGGGACGGGCCGGCUCUGCGCGCCACGGCGCUGAUGGCGUUUGUGCGGGCGUGGAACGAGAGCCAUCCGGGCGCGUGGGAAGCGAGGGGGGUCAGUAAGGAGGGCGAGGGAAACGAAGGCGAGGACUGGUUCGCGCCGCUGUAUUCGCCCGAACUGCCCGCCACCAGCACCAUCAAAGCAGACCUGGAGUACGUGGCGCGGCACUGGCGGGCGUACGACUCGUUUGACGUGUGGGAGGAGAUCCAAGGCCGGCACUUCUUCACGCUGAUGGCGCAGCUGCGCGCGCUGCGCGAGGGGGCGGACCUGGCGGUGCGGUUCGGCGACCACGGCGCCGCGGCGUGGUACGCGCUGCAGGCGGGCGAGGCGGCGCAAGUUCUGGCGCGCGAGUUCUGGGACGAGGAGGUGGGAUGGCUGCGCGCGACGCGGGGGGGCCGGGCCGAGCGCGAUCGCGGCGGCCUCGACUGCGCGACGCUGCUGGGGGCUGUGUGGGCGAAUCCUGCCGCUCCUACUACUGAUGGAGCUGGGUUGUGGCCGCCGGUGUUCCCGCCGCAUGACGACGCGGUGCUGGCGACGCUGCGGGCAAUGGUCCUGGACAUGAAGGCCCGGUACCCAAUUAACGGGCAGCACGACGGGUCUACGAAUGCGGAUGGCGCGGCCACGGCUUUCGGCGCUGCGGCGCUGGGCCGCUACCCCGAGGACGCGUAUGAUGGGUAUAGCUCGCCCGGGCCGGAUGCCGGGAACCCGUGGUUCUUGUGCACGGCGGUGGGGGCGGAGGUGUUGUUUCUGACUGCGGCGCACGCGGAGCGGGAGGGCGUGAUCAGGGCGACGGGGCGGGGGCGCGCGUUCUGGUCCGAUGUGCUCUGCUCCUCCCCCUCUUCCUUCGACGAGGUUGUAGCCAUCAACGCGACGUCUCCGCUGUUCGAACACGCGCUGGCUAGGCUGCGGGAGACGGGCGACGGGUUCUUGGACGUGGUGAGGAGGCAUGCGAGUAAGGAGGGGGCGCUGAGCGAGCAGUUUGGGCGCUGGGAUGGGUUUGAGCAGGGCGCGAGUGAUUUGACGUGGAGUUAUGGCGCGUUGCUGGGGGCGGGGUGGGCGCGGAGGAUGGGGGGUGUGUAG